UGAGGCAGAUUAGCCUGGCUACCGCUCUUAAUGCUAAAGCUAUAGUGAGCAUAUGGGUGUUUGCUAACCACCUGUCUGCCUACUGAGGGGAUAUCAGUUGGACAGUCGCAGGCGUAGAGGAAGAAGACUGGAAUGAAUGGGCUGGAUGUCUAUCUAUAUCCAGAUGGUCUUAGAGUUGCUACACCAGAAGAUAUAGAGAACUGGGAAUCCGAGAGGGAAAUGUUUGACCCAAAUGUGCGUCUCUUUGUGGCUCUGUUCUCUUACAACCCUGCGGUGAUGUCUCCAAACCCUGAAAGCAUGGAAGAGGAACUGCCUUUUGAACAAGGACAGAUCAUUAAAGUAUAUGGGGAUAAAGAUGCUGACGGCUUCUAUAGCGGCGAAACGGGUGGUCGCUUCGGUUUUGUACCGAGCAACAUGGUUUCUGAGAUUCCUGUGGAGGACGGAGAGCUUAAACUUCGAUUGUUCCAGCAGGGGUUUUUGCCAGAGGAGACGCCUUCCAUAGCCCCCAGCGAAACUUCUAGUGUGCCAGAUGGUGUCAAAGUCCACAGGAUGGUGGCCAUCUUUGAUUAUGAUCCUUGGGAAAGUUCUCCAAAUAUGGACAUUGAGGAUGAGCUUCCCUUUCGUGCAGGAGAUAUUAUAUACGUUUUUGGAGAAAUGGACAGCGAUGGAUUUUAUUACGGAGAUCUACAUGGUUAUCGAGGUCUUGUGCCAUCAAACUUUUUGCAACCACUGCCUUGGGACUGAAGGAAAUGAGCAACCAUAAAUCAGGAACAGGAGAAUGACGUCAGGUUGUGAAUUCAGCUCCAGCUCCAAUCUAGCUUUUUGUUCGUUUUUUUUAAAACCAUAUAACGUGUCUUGUUUCCUGUAAUGUACAUGACGUAUUGUCUCAUGUGUCUCUAAAUGCACUUGACCUUUCCUUUAUGCGUGCACUACGCUUAACAUUAUUUAAAUACGUAAAAGGAAAUUAACUUCUAAUUAAUACAAGAGCUUUUGGAAGCACCUAGUGCAUUAUAG